AUGCCGAUGGAAGAGAAGAUCGAGCUCUUAAAAUGUCUUCAGGAAAAAAUUUGCAACGGCGAAGAUAUGAUAGAUCGACUGAAGAUCAUGGAGGAGGUUAAUGGGGUUGAUAAGCUUGUACGGAAGAUACAGCAAGAGAUAAGAUUCUUGAAAAAGGUACAAUCUACAGGAAAUGUAAAGAAAGAACAUCUACAAAGUACAAAUUUGAUUCACCUUGACGCAAUGGUCAUGCGUCUAUUUAACUCCAAAGAACCAAUCAGCGUUAUGAAACCUUUUAAAUACGAAAGGUCAAGAUUGGAGAUAGAUAUCGUUUGUAUGAGCGGAGGAUCUUGGGUUAAAGUUAUUGCUAGAAACGCUAAAGCCCUUACUUUAAUUUCGCUUGGCAAUGGUGAAUACGGUCAAAAGUCCGUUUUAGAUCAAGCAGAAUCUUAUCUGCAAUGUGCCAAGCAUCAUCCGCAUUUAUACAAAUCACCUGAAAUUGUAUUUUAUUUUGCGUACGGCAUAGAAAUAGUAUUAGCAAAACGUUUGGAAUCCAUGGGUAUUGUCGUGGAAGGCGAUAGGAUAAAUAGUUAUAAAAAUGAAAAUAGUGAGAUAGAAACGGAUGAAACUCUAUUGGUUCCAUGUCUCAACGAAGAGACACAAACUGAAGAAUUCAAAGAAAAUCCUGUUCUCGAUAUGGUGAAUUUAAGUCCGCCAUCGAUUACAGAAGAGAUUCAAAUUUUGAAUUUAGAUGUUUCAACGUUAUUGGCAUAUGUUUCUAAUAUGACAAACGGAUACAAUCAUUUUAUAUACAGGGAACCGUUAUUAACGCAACAAGCUGAAAUGGAAAGAAAAAGACCUGUUAAACCGAUUCUAGAAAAAUUAUUUAAAGGAAAAACCUUUGUUAUUUGUCGAACUGCCUAUGACAACUUUAUGAAUAUCAUAGAUGUAAUUGGUGGUCCUAAAGAGACAGUAAGAGCACACGAGUUAUUAAAAAGGGUGAAAAUUGUAGAUGAUGUACAAACAGGUAGGAUUAUAGAACAAUUAAGUUUAGGUGGAAAAAUUAAAGAUAGAUCGCGAUUAGUUUUCGCAAGUGGCGAAAGUAUGAAAAGUAUUACUGUUUCUGCGAAUGAAGGUUUUGUUAGAGCAGCACGAAUGCAGGGCAUUGAGUGUACUGUCUUCCUACAUGAACCAAGAUCUCUUUCUGAAAUCAAAGAACACUACGCCAAAGAAAUCGAUAAAUUUUGAUAUUAAUUAUAUAUUUUUAUUUAUACGAUAAAAGCGGCAUUAAUAAAUAUUGCAUAAUAUUGCAUUAAAUGUUCAGUUUUUUAAUAUUUGUCAAAGUACUUUUUUUCUUAAUUAUAUGAUAAAAUGUUUAUAUUAGAUAAUGAUUAAUUAUUACUGCUAUAUUCAUUAUAGAGAAAAGAUUUAAAUAUGGUCUUCUAUUUUAAACAUCAUCGAUCGUAUAUACGUUGCCUAUUGUAUCUAAAUCUUUUUCGAAAUCUGCAAUAAUAAAUGACACUUAUAUCCUGUAAAAAUACAUAAACUUUCUGAAAAGAAAAUAAAAAGUAAUACCAUCAAUGAA